UGGCUAAGCCGCUCUGACUUUUUCUGGUAGACUACGACUACGCUGGCUUGACUCUCAGAGCAGUGUACGCGUAGGAGUUGCUUUGCCAUACGGUUUCAUUGACUGUGAUUUCGAUUUUUGUCCCGCUAACCAACUCAAGAGGGAGCUUUAGAUUAGGGCCUUGCGUGUGAACUUUUCGAUAAUUUAGACGUCAGCAAGAUGGCUCCAGCAAUGUCGUACGCGCUCCUCGUGUUUGGAGUGGCCAUUUUGCCUGCAGUGAAUGGGCAAUGCAUCAAUGUUACACUUCCCAAUAUCCUGAACUUGGGAGAGUGCCUCGGAACUACGCUGAGAGCUUGUCCUGAUACGUCGUCGGGCCUAGUACCAGACCUCACCCGUGUCCUCCGGUGCGUGCUCCAGAUACUACCUCAGAUUGGAAGCCCCGUGUCUGGGCUCUUCAACGUCAUCGGGCUCCUCGAAGCAGUUCUUUCAAGACUGGGCCUGUCCGGUGACAUCGGUGGCCUCACGGACAUCCUCUGCAAUCCCCUUGGAAUCCCGCUGUUUAGCUGCGGCGCGUUCAGUCCUGGAAACAUCGCCUGCCAAGCACCUCUCCAGAUCAGCCUGCCCAGCGUGUUCAACGUGGGAGCGUGUCUGAACAGUACUCUGUUCUGCGAAGCCGGCUCAACUAUUUCGGAUCCCAUCCUGAGAGAGCUGUUUCAAGCAGUCGGAUGCAUUUUGAGCGUGACUCCGGAGGGUCUGCAACUGGACCUUGUCUCAAGCCUGGUGUGCCCCCUGGUGGACAUCCUCAACUCGUCAUUGAACGAGUUCACCGCGCUGCUGCCUUUCCGAUUCCUUACGCGAGGAAUCACCAACGCUGUCAACUCGCUCACGAACAACCUGCUCGGGGCCGUCGGUAACUGUGACCGAUGACUUUCGAGGCCCGAGUGCGCGCGAAUUCAAACUAGCCUGCCAAAAAGAAGAGCGGAACGAGGGAAACACUGACGCCAUUUUCCGAGCCACAGUGGAGCAGCUGCCAGAGUCGUCCAGACGAUCUGAGCCAGGAGCCAACGCCCCGAGAACUGCCAGCAGCUACCAUGUCCUGCUCCGUACAUGACUUCCCGGAUACGCGUCAUGCCAAAAAACAAAAUCACGAAGGCACAUGAGGAUGCUCUAACGACUGUGAACACGCGGCAUCGUCUAUUCUGGACAAAGCUGUUUGCUCUGCGUCUCCCAGUCAUCCAAAGGCAGCGAGGAAGUCGCUUAAUGUCUGCCAGCCCUGGCUCAAGUAGCGAUUACAUCUGACUUUCUAUUCAUCAAAUCCUUGGCGAAUAAAAUUCAUUAUUGUUUUCA